AUGAUGUUCCUACCCAAGAUCUUUGCCGGCAAGGACGAGCCGGCAGAGAACCUGCCGCCUUCGUUCCGGUCCAACGUCGAGCACACCAACGCUGGGCACACCAACGACAAGUCCGCCGUCGUCUCCAAUGUCGACAGCGAGCACUCCGACGAUGACGACCACCAGAAAGGUGUCGAGGAGGUCGAGGCCAGCAUCAAAGUUUGGAGCCCUUUCCACAUCUACCUUGCAUGGGGUUUCAUCUGGAUCGUCUAUUUCGCGGACUCGAUGCACUCGGGCAUGGGCGGCACCCUGACUGCCUACGUUACGAGUUCCUUUGCCAAGCACAGUCUCACGGCCACGACCGGCGUCUUUUCGUCGCUGAUCGGUGCGCUGAUCAAGCUGCCGCUCGCCAAGAUUCUGGACAUCUGGGGUCGACCUCAGGGUGUGGCGCUGACCACCUUCUUCAUGGUCAUUGGCCUGAUCAUGAUGGCGGCCUGCCAGAAUGUCGAGACCUAUGCGGCCGCACAGGUUUUCUACUGGAUUGGAUUCAACGGUGUAGCGUACAGUCUGCAGGUCUUUACUGCCGACACGUCCGCGCUGAAGAACCGUGCCUUUGUCUUCGCCUUCAUCAAUACCCCCUUCAUCAUCUCAACACCGACUGCCGGUUAUGCAUCGCAGGGAUUCCUCAACAAGGGACCGGAAGGCUGGCGAUGGGCAUAUGGCGCUUUCAGCAUCAUUAUGCCCUUCGUUGUGGCACCGAUCCUGUUCUUGUUCCUGCACAACCACCGCAAGGCCAAGCGCAUGGGAGCUCUGCCCCCCAGGGAGCGCAGCGGACGCACUUUUCCCCAGACCCUCAAGCACUACGCGAUUCAGUUUGAUCUCUUCGGAAUUUUGCUCGCCGCAGCCGGCAUGGCGCUGUUCUUGCUUCCCUUCAACAUUUACUAUUUCCAGAAGCAAGGCUGGCAUUCGCCAAUGAUCAUCUGCAUGCUCGUCUUCGGCGUCGUACUUCUCUGCUUGUUCGCUUUGUACGAAAAGUUUCUUGCUCCUGUCAAGUUCAUUCCCUUUGAGCUUCUCGCGGAUCGCACGAUCAUCGGCGCUUGUCUGACGGUGACUUUGUCCUUCAUUUCGUUCUACGUCUGGUCGGCCCUCUUCACGUCAUUCCUCCAGGUUGUCAUCGGCGCGACCAUUGUGCAGGCCACUUGGGUUAGCCGCAUCUACAACAUCGGAAGUUGCUUCUGGGGAUUGGUCGUUGGUAUUCUCAUCCGCUGGACCGGACGCUUCAAGUGGAUUGCGCUAUACUUUGGCGCACCGCUGCAGAUUCUCGGCGUUGGCCUGAUGAUUUACUUCCGCCAGCCUGGCAGGUCUCUUGGAUACAUUGUUAUGGCGCAAGUCUUCAUUGCUAUUUCCGGCGGAACUCUGGCCAUUUGCCAGCAAAUGGCCGUCAUGGCUGCCGUCACGCACAAGCACAUUGCUGUCGUCCUGGCACUGCUUUCCAUGUUCUCCAACAUUGGUGGCGCCAUUGGAGGCACCGUCUCCACGGCCAUUUGGACCGGCGUCUUCCCCAAGAAGCUUGCCGAAUAUCUUCCAGCUGAGGCCAAGGGAAAUGCUACCCUGAUCGUCGCAAGCCUGCCCACGCAGCUUUCGUACCCCAAGGGCUCUGCAAUUCGUCUGGCCAUCGAACAGGCGUACGGUGAUGCUCAGAGAAUCAUGAUGAUUGCGGCGACUUGCCUUUUGCUCGGUACGCUCUUUUCAGUGGCCAUGUGGCGUGAUCUGAAGGUCAAGGACUUUGAGACCAGAUCCGAUGUUAGGGACGAGAACAGGUCCGAUGUCAAGGACGAGAAGAGGCCCGAUGUUAACAAAUAA